AUGAAUCCCGACGACAACGACCCCUUCCUCCAAGUUCAAGCAGACAUCCUCGCCACCCUCAACACCACGCGCCCCCUCUUCUCCUCCUACCAACGCAUCCGCUCCCUCGCGACCAAACCCAACAACCCCGAACUCCUCCAGGCUCGCGAGGAACUCGAAUCCACUCUCCACGAACUGAGCACAGACCUCGAAGACCUCGUCGACAGCGUCCGCGUGGUAGAAAACGAUCCCUACCGGUAUGGCAUCGAGCUUGAUGAGGUCGAGCGACGGCGGAGACUCGUGGAGGAUGUGGGUCGGGAGAUUGAAGGGAUGAGGGAAGAGUUGCAGAAGACGGUUGCUUCGAAUGCAGCUACCGCCGGAAGGGAGGCGGGGGGAGGAGGAGGAGGUGCGUUGCCCAACCCGUCUGAUUUCGAUCAUCUGCUUGAUGAGGACCGCGAUGAGGACUAUUAUGCGGAGCUCGAGCACCAGAGACAGUUGGAAAUGAUGCAGGAGCAGGAUCAGCAGCUUGAUGGCGUGUUUCGGACCGUAGGCAAUCUGAGACAACAGGCAGAUGACAUGGGAAGAGAGCUAGAAGAGCAGGCAGAGAUACUGAAGGAUGUCGACACUCUUGCGGACCGUGUGGGUGGAAAGCUACAGAGCGGAGUAAGGCGAGUAGGACAUAUAAUCAGGAGAAACGAGGAUACGAUGUCAAGUUGCUGCAUUGCAAUUUUGAUUAUGGUUUUGAUCCUGCUAUUAAUUUUGGUCAUCGUGCUUUAA